CAUGAAGCAAUUCACCGUACUUCUCUUCCUUUGCAUCGUUCUUCUCUCCUCCGUCGCCGGAAAUGCUGAUUCCGGUCUGAUUUCCAACUUGUGCAAACACUCUGACGACCCAAAACUAUGUAUCGCCAGCAUACAACAGAGUCCCGAGUCCGGUGACUUCGCAGCCACCAACAACGAGGUCGAGAUCAUAGCUAUCUCCAUCGCGUCUGCUAACGCCUCCGCCACCUCCACCUACAUCAAGGAAAAGCUCACCCUCGAGGAUCUUGAACCGGCCACGGAGGUCACCCUCGAGGACUGUCUGAAGAACUACCAAGACGCGGUGGAGCAGCUUGACGACUCGGUCUCCGCCAUGCUCGCCAACGCACACGCUGAUGUCGACGUCUGGCUGCGUGCGGCGAUCAGCGCCAUCGAGUCUUGUGACAGCACGUUGGUGUCACGUGCUGGGAACGACGCAGAGCUUUCACAGAGGAACAACAUAUUUCUCAAGCUGUGUAAAAACGCUUUGAUGAUCAACAAAAUGUUAUCAUGAAAUCAAAUCCUCUAUAUUUGAAUGUUCUUGUAUAGUAUUUACUUGUUCCUAUGUUUUUGGUCAAUUUCUUGUUGCUUUAAUUAAGCUGAGAUCAUUUGUAACUAAAGAAAACAUCAAAAUGAUAUUGUUUUAAUUAUCAUUAGGCACCCGCACAUGUAUUUGUUUUACUAUAAAUAUAUAGACAUUUCAAAACAUAACAAUUUAAUAGUUGCAGUUGCACUACUUUAGUUUAUUGUUAGAAAAUAUCUACCAUAUCAUGUUAUAUAUUUUUUUCUUGAACGUGGGUUGGAUCAAUUAUAUAAUUAUAAAAAAUAUGAUUAUAUUUAUGUAUUAAUAUAUUGCGCCGGGUAAAAAUUAUAUUAACUUUUACUUCAUGUUUUAUUGUAUGAUUUUAAAUGUAUGGUCACAUUUAAAAUCAGUUAGAAAUAUAUUUUUGUAAAAAAUAUUUUAAACAUAUAUUUUAGACAUGAUAUACAUGAAGAAACAAUUAUAUAAGGAUAAUUAAAACAGAAUGUUACAAAAAAAAAAUUAAAAUGGGCCAUAGGGAAAUAUAGAAAGACUAGGUGGACCGUUUUCACACUACUCUCUCUUUUUAUAUUUUACUCUUUCUCACUCAUUUAGGUUUUGUAUCUCUCUCACUCCAUUUCUCUUUGUAUCUCUCUCUAGUUCAUUCAUUAAGGUUUUGUAAUC